AUGAGACGAUCUACGUCGUUGACAGGAAAUUCACCAAGUUAUCCGCAAGAUUUACCGUCAAAACCGUCUAUAGAUAGUGUUUUAUCGUCAGAAUGGCGUUCUAAUUAUAUUCUUCAUGAUUCAAUGGCAAUUUUAGAGGCUUCAGAAGGAUCUGCUCAACACAAUGAGAAGAGUGAUACAGAACAUUUUCAUAAUGAAGGGCAUGGGUAUGCUUUGUUUUCUUCAAAAAAAGAUAAAUCAUCAUAUGAAGUAAAUUGGGUAUUAAAUACUAUGGCACCUCUUGCAAGGCAAGUUGUGAUGUCGUGGGACUCUGUUUCACUGGUUUCUCUUGAAGGAGUUCCUCCGAAUUUACAGGAAGUGUACAUUAUGGAUGAUAUAUUGUCAGUCUUGAUGGGUGUAGAAGGGAGGUUUAUACGAUAUCAAAGUGAUGAUGAUCGGUAUGAUCAGAAUAGGCGGUUAGCAGGCGUGAAAUUUAAAAUAACAAAUGGAGUAGAUCCUAGUCUUUUAGACUUAAUAAAAAUGAUUUUGAAGAAUGCUGGGUGUUAUAUUAGUAUUGAUGCUUUUAUUGAGAUAUAUAGUAGGCCGGAAUGUGGACUGGUUAAUCAUGCAUUAUCUGCAACUGUUAGAAAGUUGUUGAAGGGUUAUUUUACUUUGAUUGCUCAACUAGAAUACCAAUUUAAUACUAAUCCCUCUUUUACAAUACAUAUGUUUCAUCUCCAUAUGCAUGCUACUUCCCAAUCGUUAUUUCAAAUGCAAGCACUAAUUCAUGAUAUAUUGAAAAAAGGAUGUGUUCUUGAAGAGGAAAAUAGUGAAGACAGUAUUGAGGAUGUUGAAUUGUUUUUGCAUUCUAUUCAGGAUAAAAGUAUUACUAAUAUUGUUGGUUCAAGAAUAUGUAAAGGUGGAGCUGUGCUUGAAGUAAUAACAAAUCGUCUUUUGUCUUUAUCGGGUGAUCCUCAUGCAAAAAAGCUUUUAGAAUGCUUAUUAAAAGAAGCAUCUAAACCAUAUAUGAAGAUGCUUAAUUCAUGGCUGCAUCGUGGGGAGAUUUCUGAUCCUUAUUCUGAGUUUAUGAUUAGAGAACAGAAAAGUAUUAAAAAAGAUAGACUUGAAGAUGAUUAUAUUGAUGAAUAUUGGGAAAAGAGAUAUACAAUUAGGGAUAAUGAAGUGCCGUCUCAGUUGGAAUCUGUUAAAAUGAAAGUGUUGAUUGCUGGGAAAUAUUUGAAUGUUGUUAGAGAAUGUGGUGGAAUAGAUAUAUCUAAAGAAUUGGCUGAUAAUAUUCCUUUGACAUUUGAUGAUAUAGCGUUUUUAGAUAACGUUAAUGCUGCAUAUGAUCAUGCUGAUGCAUUUUUGCUUGAUUUAUUACUUACAACUCAUAAUUUAUCUAGUCGUCUUCAGUCUUUAAAACAUUAUUUCUUUCUUGAUAGAUCUGAUUUUUUUACUCAUUUUCUUGAUUUAGCGUCACAUGAGUUAAAAAAACCUGUUAAAGAUAUUUCUUUAACAAAACUUCAAAGUUUAUUAGAAAUCUCUAUUAGAAUUCCCGGAAGUGUAGCUGCUAAUGAUCCUUUUAAAGAAGAUAUUAAAAUUCAAAUGAGUAAUAUUGGUCUAGUUGAUUGGCUUAUGCGGAUUGUGAGUGUAAGUGGUAUAGAUGAAGAUGCAAUUGCAAAUGGAACAAUAUGUAUAGAUGUUCAUGAAAAUCAAAUAUAUGGUACGGAAAAAAAAGAUAAAGAUUUUAUCGGUUUCAACGGGCUCCAAUUUGACUAUACCGUACCUUUUCCGCUUUCACUUAUUAUUUCUCGUAAGGCUGUUUUACGUUACCAACUUAUUUUUAGACAUAUACUAAGCUUAAAGUACCUUGAACAAUUGUUGGGUUUAGCAUGGCUGGAUCACUCUAAAAAUAUGUUUUGGAAAAAAAAUUCUUCUUAUGAACAAGUUGGAAAUUGGAAGAAUCGUGUUUGGGUUUUGCGUUCGAAGAUGCUUAAUUUUGUUCAACAACUUUUUUAUUAUUGUACAAAUGAGGUUAUAGAGCCUAAUUGGUUAAUUUUUCAAGCAAGACUUUCAAAAAUAUCAACAGUUGAUCAACUUAUGCAAGAUCAUAUCGAUUUUCUUGAUGCAUGUUUAAAAGAAUGUAUGUUAACAAAUUCUAAGUUACUUCGUGUUCAGGCAAAGUUAAUGACAACAUGUACUAUGUUUGCAUCUAAUACAAAAUACUUGACUCGGUCACUGGCUUCUAUAGAUGGUGAUGGUUCUGGUAGCUCUCAAAUUGACUUUACAAGAAUGAAAAAACUUUAUGACAUAUUACAUAAAUAUGAGGAGAAUUUUUCUCAUCAUUUAAAAAUUCUAUUGGAUACAUGUAAUUAUUUUGCAAAAACAGAAACAGUUUCUUUAUUGUCUCUAAUAAUACGGUUGGAUUGGAAAGGACAUAUAUUUUUUGAUUCUUUAUAG